UUUGUUCUUCUCUGCUUAGCUUUUAAGAGUUUCUCUUAAAUUGGUCUGCCUUAUAAGUUUGGGUCAAAAAGUUAAUGGUCUCGAUGUUUAGAUUUCGUUUUUUUUCUUUGUUUCCUUGGAGACCUUUCAAUUCAACAAUUUGAGCUUUUAGGGUUUUUGCUGGAUCUUUGCUGCAGUAGCAAAAAGGGUUUCAACAACUGGAACCUUUCCCUUAGUUUAAGUGUUGGAUGCUUUCUCAAGCUGAAUUUUCCUUUUACAGCUUCACAAGAUUGGUGUUUACUCCUUUGUUGGGUUUGUUAAUGUUAUUGCACCCCAAGGAAACUUCUGCAUCACCAUCCUUUGUGGCCUCGAGCAUUUGUCAGUCUGAUCACUUGACCUACACAAAGCCCUAUCAACAACGGGUUUUGUUCACAAUUAACGGAAUUCCUGUUGACAUAGUCCGAUUUUGCGAAGCCAUACGGUUUCACAAAGCCAAAGGUUGUAUCCUUGGGGACUCUUUUAGACACGACUUCUGCACAGUUCAGUAUCUACGAGGGAGAAGAUUUUUGGAAGAAAAAUUGGUCGAUGAUUCCAAAAGUAUUGAGUCUGAAUCUGAAUAUCAUCAUUUUAAAGUCACCAUGGCAGCAAGCGGGUUUCUCCUCUGGUGUUGUGCGCUCUGUUGUCCUUGCUUCCAUAAGGAGAGGAAAGCAAAUAGUCACGAAGUACUACCGAAGGAAUCUAACUCAGUGCACCAAGUUUCCUCUUUUGAAAUGAGCCCUUCUUCCGAUAAGAUUCCGCCAAGUUCAUUCCGGGCACCACCUAGUCCGUCCCGCGUUCCUCAAAGCCCAUCUAGAUAUGCUAUGUCUCCAAGACCUAGUAGGAUGGGACCCUUGAAUCUGACCAUGAGUCAGAUUGCUACAGCAACCGACAAUUUCUCAGACAAUAAUCGAAUUGGUGAAGGAGGCUUUGGGAUAGUCUAUAAGGGCAUUCUAGAGGACGGCCAGGUGGUUGCCAUUAAACGAGCAAAAAAGGAACACUUUGAGAAUCUGCGAAAGGAAUUUAAAAGUGAAGUUGAUCUUUUAUCGAAAAUUGGCCAUCGAAAUCUAGUCAAGCUUCUUGGUUAUGUUGAUAAAGGAGACGAGCGACUUAUCAUAACCGAGUAUGUCAGAAAUGGUACACUCCGGGAACACUUGGAUGCAGGUGAUCAUGGAAGGAAACUCAAUUUCAAUCAGAGGUUGGAGAUUGUGAUCGAUGUAUGCCAUGGAUUGACUUAUCUCCAUUCUUAUGCAGAAAGACAGAUAAUCCACCGUGACAUAAAAUCCUCGAACAUUCUCCUCACGGAUAGCCUGAGAGCCAAAGUGGCAGACUUUGGAUUUGCACGAGGCGGUCCGGCUGACUCUAACCAGACCCACAUUUUGACCCAAGUGAAAGGAACAGUUGGUUAUCUCGAUCCUGAGUAUAUGAGGACUUAUCAGCUCACCGCCAAAAGCGAUGUUUACUCGUUCGGGAUUUUGCUUGUGGAGAUACUCACAGGCCGUCGCCCAGUGGAAGCCAAACGAGAUCAUGAUGAGAGGAUUACGGUUCGAUGGGCAUUCGAUAAGUACAAUGAAGGUAAAGUGUUUGAAUUGGUGGAUCCAAAGAUUCCAAACGCAAGGGAGCGAGUAGACGAGAAGAUACUAAAGAAGAUGUUCAGUUUGGCAUUUCAGUGUGCUGCCCCGACACGAAAAGAACGGCCAGACAUGGAAGCUGUUGGGAAGCAGCUUUGGGCUAUAAGAUCCAGUUAUCUUAGGCGGUCAAUUGAAUAAAAAAGUAAAUGCUUUUACAACACAAAUGCUAUAGUCUCUGUUGUUAGAUAAUUGCUAUUUUAUAAUUUGCCAUCAAACUACCUCACUCGUUUUAUUCCGAGAGUUUAUUGAUAUGAAGUUAGAUACCUGAAGAUUUUCGCA